AUGAGGAAUGCAAAACGAAAGGUGUCAGUGGCCUCACUUGUUAUUUUGGUGGUAUCUUUACUGUAUUUUGCCAUUCAUGAGGGAGGAGAUGAACAAGGACAACAAAAUGUGGUAAUCUUUCGUUUCAAAGAUUCUUUAAAUGAUUCUUCGUCAUAUUCAGCAUGCACGAUUGAUACGUGCAUAGACCUUUUACCAUGUUCCAUUUUUGACAAUCGGUUAAGUGUAUUUGUGGAACCGCUGGUCGAUAUUAUUAACGAGCAUGGAAGAAAAAUUACUCCAGAUCCAUCAAGAGAAUUUCUGGAACUUAGACAAAUUGUUAAAAGCAGUACAUAUUCAGUUGCUCGUCGAGAGGAUGCCUGUCUUAUUAUACCAGGUUUUGACACGUUGAAUUUAAUGAGGUUUCCGUACCCAAUGGCGCUUCACCACGCUAUAACUGCAUCAUACAGGAAUCUCAGCCCCAUGCCUUUGCUCUUUGUAUUUGUAGGUACGCAGAUUCCUGCUGGAAAGGCUGUUGUAGCACGGUCGCAGACUUUUGACACAUCAUUUCGUCGCACUUAUGAUGUGGCUAUACCAUUCUGGUAUCAUGGAAUGCUUCUUGAGAGUGAAGGUCCAUAUAUAGGAAAAUCUUGGUUUCUGGUUAUGUUGCUGAAGGGGCUGCCAGCUGAAAGUAAAGAAGUCGUUAAAGAGCAUUAUGGUUCCAAAGAUGAUGUUCUAAUUCUAGAUGACUGCAGAAAUGCUGGAGGUUCACUUUGCAACUCAAACGACCGUCCCUAUCAGUUAAUUAACACUCUCAAGAGUAGCCAGUUCUUGAUGUUGUUUGAGAAAGCUACAGGAUUUGAAUGGGCGUUAACAAAUACACUGCGUCUCGGCACAAUCCCAGUUUUCGUUUGCGACAAAAUUGCUUUACCAUUUGGAGAUGUUAUAGAGUGGGACAGGCUUUCAUUCAGUUUUCAUUUUGGGACUCUCAGAGAAAUUUAUAAAAUCUUGAAAGGUAUUGGCUCGGUACGACUAGAAGAAAUGAGAAAGCGCGGCCAGCUUAUUUAUAAGAAGUAUUUUGUAUCGCUUAAAAAAAUUGCGUUGACAACUCUUAAAAUUUUGCGUGGUCGCUUGAUCCCUAAUUCAAUAACAUUCCAACCUGAGUGGAACGAUGGGACGUUACCUCCUCCGCUUUUUCUGUCAAGAAUAGCUCCUGCAGAAGGAUUUACUGCUGUCAUAACCAGUAACAAACCUGACAGUCGUCUCCUCUUGUGGCUUCAAGUCUUUGAUAAGAUCGAGACAUUAAAUGCAGUCGUAAUCAUUUGGCCGAGACAUUUUUCUAGCAAACUCACAGCCUUAGACUGGUCGCGAUUUCGAAAGCCUAUUCAUUUCGUUUUAACAGAAAAAGUUGCACUAUCAAAACAAUUUGGCAAGUUCCAGGAAAUCUCAUCAGAAUCAAUUUUUCAAACUUAUGACGAACUUGAUGUUCUGAGCGCCCGGGAAAUAGAAUACGGUUAUCAGAUAUGGCGAGAAAAUCCCAACCGCUUCAUUGUCUUCUCGCAAAAUGACAGUACUUCUAUUCAGUUUAAUCGGUCAUUAGAUCGGUACCCACUUUGGGGAGAUUUCCAAGGACGUUUCUUUUAUCAUAAGUAUUACUCUGUCUUGUAUGAAAAAGUUCUUUCCAAGAUGACCAGUGGCAUAACUGACAGUGUUCGGGAGUGUGAUAGUUUUGGUGUGAUCGGUACUGCGUACAUGUUUAGUGCUAUCAUAGUCAUUAGGACUCAUUCAAAAAAUCUGCAUUGUAAAGAUUGUCUUUACAACAGUGAGGUAUUAUGGAGUGAACAUCCCCUCUCGAAAGACAGUAAGUGCAGUUUAAAACUGAAGGCCACUUUCGAAACUCGCUUUCAUAUCCAACCUGCGUCCGAAAACGGAGACGGCAUUAAAGACAGUUCGAACCAGGAUGGUGCAUGGAGGAGCGAGGCCAGGCAGCGGUCGACCAAUUUUGCUUAUCAAAUGAAUUAUGACCACAGCCCUCACGACCUGACUAAAUGCAAAUUUUAG